UGGCGGUCCUGUAAGGGUUGUCUCUUUUCAACGGACGUCCUGCUUUUCUCUUAAUUUGAAACGAUAAGACUCUAAUUCUCCUCUAAGAAAAUACAGAUGGAGACUGAUCUGUAUGAUGAGUUUGGAAACUAUAUUGGCCCAGAGCUACACUCUGAUGACGACGAUGAGGUUGAUGCAGAUGACAGAGAUGAUGAUGAGGCUGAUGAAGAUGAUGACGAUGAGCCCGCCGAUGCUGAUGAUGACGUUCCAGGAAUGGUGGUGGUUUUGCAUGAGGACAAGAAAUACUAUCCGACAGCAGAGGAAGUGUAUGGGCCAGAAGUGGAAACCAUUGUCCAAGAGGAAGAUACCCAACCUCUUACAGAGCCCAUCAUAAAGCCUGUGAAGAAUAAGCAGUUCACUUUGAUGGAACAAGAACUACCUGCCACUGUUUAUGAUAUGGAGUUCCUUGCUGAUCUGAUGGAUAGUUCAGAGCUGAUCCGUAAUGUCACCCUGUGUGGCCAUCUGCACCAUGGCAAGACUUGCUUUGUGGAUUGCAUGAUCGAGCAGACACACCCAGAAAUCAGGAAGAGGGACGAUGUUGAUCUCCGGUAUACAGAUAUCCUCUUCACGGAACAAGAGAGAGGAGUUGGUAUCAAGAGCACCCCCGUCACACUGGUCCUGCCUGACUCCAGAGGCAAAUCCUACCUCUUCAAUGUCAUUGACACACCAGGCCACGUCAACUUCUCAGAUGAAGUCACAGCUGGGAUCCGAAUCUCAGACGGCAUUGUGCUCUUCAUUGAUGCAGCAGAAGGAGUGAUGCUAAAUACUGAGCGCCUUAUCAAACAUGCAGUCCAGGAGCGCCUGGCCAUCACCAUCUGCAUCAAUAAGGUGGACCGACUCAUUGUGGAACUCAAACUACCACCAACAGAUGCCUACUACAAACUGCGCCACAUAGUGGAUGAAGUCAAUGGUUUGCUGAGCACCUAUGCAACAGAUGAGAAUCUCGUAGUGUCUCCCCUCUUGGGGAAUGUGUGCUUUGCCAGCUCCCAGUACAGCAUCUGUUUCACCCUUGGCUCAUUUGCUAAGAUCUACGCUGACACGUAUGGUGACAUCAACUACAAUGAGUUUGCCAAGAGGCUUUGGGGAGACAUUUACUUCAACCCUAAAACGCGAAAGUUCACAAAAAAAGCUCCCAGCAGUAACUCCCAGCGUAGCUUUGUGGAGUUUGUUCUGGAACCUCUCUACAAGAUUCUUUCACAGGUGGUGGGAGAUGUGGACACAUCUCUCCCCAGGGUUCUGGAUGAGCUGGGGAUCCAUCUAACCAAAGAAGAGCUGAAGCUCAACAUCAGACCCCUUCUAAGGCUGGUCUGCAAUCGUUUCUUCGGAGAGUUCACUGGCUUUGUGGACAUGUGCGUGCAGCACAUCCCAUCACCACAAGAGGGUGCAAAGAACAAGAUAGAGCACAGCUACACAGGAGGCCUGGACUCAGACCUUGGGGAGGCCAUGGCAGAAUGUGAUCCUGAUGGCCCCCUGAUGUGCCAUACCACAAAGAUGUACAGCACCGAGGACGGGGUUCAGUUCCAUGCAUUUGGCAGGGUGCUGAGCGGGACCAUCCAGGCCGGCCAGCCUGUGAAGGUGCUGGGAGAGAACUACACCCUGGAAGAUGAGGAGGACUCCCAGGUCUGUACAGUGGGACGCCUCUGGAUCUCUGUGGCCAGAUACCAAGUUGAAGUGAACAGAGUGCCAGCCGGUAACUGGGUUCUCAUUGAAGGCUGUGACCAGCCUAUUGUCAAGACGGCCACAAUCACAGAGCCAAGGGGAAAUGAAGAGGCCCAGAUCUUCAGGCCCCUAAAGUUCAACACGGCAUCAGUCAUCAAGAUUGCCGUCGAACCUGUCAACCCCUCAGAACUUCCCAAAAUGUUGGAUGGACUGAGGAAGGUCAACAAGAGCUACCCUUCUCUCACCACAAAGGUGGAGGAGUCUGGAGAACAUGUUAUCUUGGGCACAGGGGAGCUCUACCUGGACUGUGUCAUGCAUGACCUGCGCAAGAUGUACUCUGAGAUUGACAUCAAGGUUGCUGACCCAGUUGUCACUUUCUGUGAAACUGUAGUGGAGACAUCAUCGCUCAAGUGCUUUGCUGAAACGCCUAACAAGAAGAAUAAGAUCACGAUGAUUGCAGAGCCCUUGGAGAAGGGCCUGGCCGAGGACAUCGAGAACGAAGUGGUGCAGAUUACAUGGAACAGGAAGAAGCUGGGAGAGUUUUUCCAGACCAAGUAUGACUGGGAUUUACUGGCUGCUAGGUCCAUCUGGGCUUUCGGUCCCGACACCACGGGACCCAACAUCCUAGUUGAUGACACCCUGCCUUCUGAGGUGGAUAAGGCUCUGCUAGGCUCAGUCAAAGACAGCAUUGUCCAAGGGUUCCAGUGGGGCACCAGGGAAGGGCCUCUGUGUGAUGAGCCCAUCCGCAACGUCAAGUUUAAGAUCCUAGAUGCAGUGAUUGCUCAGGAGCCUCUCCACAGAGGAGGAGGCCAGGUCAUCCCAACAGCCAGGAGAGUGGUCUACUCUGCUUUCCUCAUGGCCACUCCCAGGCUGAUGGAGCCCUAUUACUUUGUGGAGGUGCAGGCUCCAGCCGAUUGUGUGUCUGCUGUCUACACAGUUCUGGCUCGAAGAAGAGGCCAUGUUACCCAGGAUGCCCCCAUCCCAGGGUCUCCUCUCUACACCAUCAAGGCUUUCAUCCCUGCUAUUGAUUCAUUUGGCUUUGAGACUGACCUUCGCACACAUACUCAAGGACAGGCCUUCGCUCUGUCUGUGUUCCACCACUGGCAGAUCGUGCCCGGUGACCCCCUUGACAAGAGCAUUGUGAUCCGGCCUCUGGAGCCACAGCCAGCCCCUCACCUGGCGAGAGAGUUCAUGAUCAAGACCCGCAGGCGCAAGGGUCUUAGCGAGGAUGUAAGCAUCAGUAAGUUCUUCGACGAUCCUAUGUUGUUGGAGCUGGCCAAGCAGGACGUGGUGCUGAACUACCCCAUGUGAACGGCCCCAUGCUGAGGUAGCCAGAAGCCAUGCCAGUGCAUCUUCCACCACACAUCAGCACUGCAACGGACACUUCAACUUCCUCUGGUCACAGCGCACCCAUGCCAUCCUGUGUUUUUGUUUCUUUUUCCUGUUUCUUUCUAGAAUUUGUAUCCCCCCCCCUUUUUUUUUUUAUUUGGAGCAUUGUAAGAACCAGAGUAGCAACAUAGCAGCACAGAAGGCACAGAAAGUUUGCCUUCAUCAGCGUUAUAGAUGUGGUUUGGGCAGAACAAGUCUUAUUUUGGUUUUUCAAAGGCUUCACUAUUCCAUCAUCUCAUCUCCCUCUUUGUAAUAGGACUCAUGAAACCAACCAGUGGUAGCAGAAGGGUGACAAAAGGGCGAUCCUGUUCUUUCAUUCCUGUUUGAUGGGUGAUGAAACAGUUGAGGUGCAGACCCGUGGUUCAGUAGAGCUCAUGCAGCCUUCCCCUUCAGUUUCUUAUGGAAAGCUGCUUCUCAUAGGGCGGUCCACAGCAAUCACUUAGUGUGAAAAGGACCAGUAAUGGAUAAACAUGGCAUGUGUCACAAUUCAUUUCUAUCUUGUGUUUUUUAUAUGUACAAAUAGAUAACUUAGAAGGCCUUCCUUUUUCUUUUCUUUUUUUUAAUGAAAUUUGAUUUUAUUGAUCUGAUGUAUGAAUGUUUAAAUUAAAAAAAUGUUGGUG